CCUAAACAAAAAAAAACACAUGAAUCUCUCCUUCCUCACCAUCCCAAUUGCACCACACCAUUUUUUUUGAAGCUUUACGUAUACGUAGAUAUAACAAGAUUCCAUGGAGAAAAACGACGACAACAAGGACCCUGAUCACAACGACCAAUCCAAGGGAGAGGAGAACGCGGACGACGUCGUUUCAGAUGCUGCUCAUCCCCAAGAUGAGUCUGAUGGUAUCAGUAAAGAGAAUGUAGAUGUUGGCAAUGCAGAGACAGAACACGAUCCUGCAGGAGACAAGGUUGAUGAUUCACAAGGAGGAGAAGAGAUUCAACAAACCCUCGAGUCCUUGUCUGAAGAACUCGACCAGCUUCUCUCGAGCCUCUCCCUUCACAAGGAAGAGCACAGAGACGACACCACCACCGAGGAGAAAGGAGAUCAGGAAGGUGGUGAUUACUUUCAGAUCCCACAGUUCGUUGGCAAGUUCUUGGAUCUUCUCGAGGACAAACUCUCCAAAUACGACUCCGGCGAGCCGAAGACAGUAGUAUGGUACCAAGAUCAAGAGGAAGUUUCUUCGCUUCUCGAAGCAGUGGAUCGUGUCUCGAAUCUCAUGAGACUCUUGCUCAAUACCAAAUCAUGUCUGGACCAUCACGAGCCCUUGAUCAACCACGCUGGAUCCAUCCAGCAGCGUGCGAUGGCCUUCUUGGAAGACGAGUUCCGCAUCCUUCUAGAAGAGUCCGUGAUCAUCAAAGAGGCGGCAUUGGUCACAGACGACAGUACCAGCAGCCAGAGGAAGAGCACGGACGAUGCGGUGGUCUCUCAAGAUCAAGACCAGCAGGUGCUUGUUCCCGAAGGUGGUGGUGAUCAGGAGAUUGAAUACCCUGGCUACUCGGAGGACGUGGUUGCGUUGCUGAGGAAAAUAGCGGAGAAGAUGAGAGCAGGAGGGUACGGUUGGGAAUGCAGAGAGGUUUAUCUGGUCGGGAGGAGGAACAUCUUGAUGCGUACGUUGAAACGUGACUGCGAGUUCGAGAAAGUGAGCGUCGACGAGGUGCAGAAGAUGAGCUGGGGUGAGCUCGAGAGAGAGAUUCCUAUAUGGAACAAGACUUUCAAGAACUGCUCUUCCCGCUUCUUCCCCGGCGAGCACAAACUCGCGGAGAAGAUCUUCCAAGGAGACGAAGGGAGCUUGUUCUGCAUCGUCACACACGGCCUCACCAUCCAGCUCUUGGGUUUUGCAGAGGCCGUGGCCAUGACCAGGCGAUCCACUGAAAAACUAUUCAAGAUUCUCGAUAUCUACGAGACUCUCAGGGAUAGUUUUCAAUCCAUGGAGGAGCUCUUCACCGAAGAGCUCCGCACCGAGCUGAGGAACGAUGUGACCAGCGCUCGUUCCCGCUUGGGAGAGAGCGCUAUUAACAUAUUCUCUGAUUUGGAAAACUCUAUCAAAUCAGAUUCAAGCAAGACUCCUGUUCCAGGAGGAGCGGUGCAUCCUCUGACGAGGUACACUAUGAACUACCUCAAGUACUCAUGCGAAUACAAAGACACGUUGGAACAAGUGUUCAAGAGCCACUCGAAGACGGAUCAAGAAGAGGGAGAGGGGAACUCGGCCUGCUCGGCUUUUGCGAGCCAGCUGAUGAGGAUAAUGGACCUACUAGACGGGAACAUGGAGGCGAAGUCGAAGCUGUACAAAGACAUACCACUCAGCUGCAUCUUCAUGAUGAACAACGGGAGAUACAUAGUGCAGAAGAUCAAAGGAUCGGCUGAGAUACACGAGGUGGUGGGAGACACGUGGUGCAGGAGGAGGUCGUCUGAGCUGAGGAACUAUCACAAAAACUACCAGAGAGAGACGUGGGGGAAGCUGCUGGGGUUCUUGGGACACGAGGGGCUAAUGCACAACGGGAAGAUAGUGAAGCCUAAUCUCAAGGAGAGGUUCAAGAGCUUCAACGCGACUUUCGACGAGAUACACAAGACGCAGACCACGUGGGUGAUUAAUGAUGAGCAGCUGCAGAGCGAGCUGAGGGUUUCUAUAACCGCGGUUAUGAUACCUGCCUACAGGGCCUUCAUGGCUAGGUUUGGACAGUACUUGGAUCCUGGUCGCCAGACUGAGAAGUAUGUCAAGUACCAGCCUGAGGACAUCGAGGAUCUCAUUGACCAGCUCUUCGACGGCAACAAGCGGUAGAACGUAGAUUCUUUCUUUCUUUCUUUUUUUUUCUUUUGUUUUUGGUUUUGUUUUGCAGCGACACUUUUUUUCUUUUAAGUUCCUCAAAUUUUUUCAUGUCUUCUUAUACUGCUUUUGUCUGAAUGUUUCUACGAAUCCAAACAAACAUCAUGGCUCCGAGCCAUGUGUAAAUGUUAAAUCAUAAUAUAAUCAGUUCCAUCA